AUGAUAAUAAAAAGGCUAGCAAUGUUAAAUCCUCAUAUUGGAUAUAGCGAAGAUGAUGAUGUUGACGACGAAGUAUGGACGACUCCAAAUAAAGUAUUAGAGGCUGAGAACAGUAACAAUAGGAGUGGAAGUAGCAGUACUAUGUCUCCUCCAACACCAUCACACAGUAAUAAUAAUGGUAAUCUUAUGAUGUCGAGUGUCGAUGACAUCCCAAGUACUACAACAACAACUACUACUACUACUGCGACCGCGACCUCUUCUUCUUCUUCGUCUACUUCAUCACCCUAUCAUCAUACAACUAAAUUGACAUCUCCACCAAAGAAUGGUAGAAACAACAACAACAACAACAACAACAACAACAACAACAACAACAACUAUAUUGGCAACGAUGACGAUCAAGAACAAGAUGACGAUGAUGAUGAUGAUGAAGACGAGUUUGAUAGACACCGUAAUAGCGUCAUCGAUGACUACGGUAGUGAUGACAGUAGCGACGAACAACAACCUGGUACCGCCAAGCAACCUAGAAAAUGGUUGAAACCAGGUGAGGUGGUUCAAUUCACCAAGGAGAGUAUUAUGCACACCUUGAUUAUCGGUACCAUCUAUGUGACUAGUAAAAGAGUGGUUUGGAUCAGUGAAACAUCUAUGAGUACUAGUUCUGACCAGUCAUGUUGGAAGAUAUCAUCAAGUGGAAAAGAUUUUCUUUUCUUUUUCCAAUCCAAAGAAGAUAUUAGAGAGAUCAAUACCUAUUAUCAAAAAGCCAAAGCUCAAAUCUAUGAACAGAAUCCAUCAUUAAAGAAAUCAAAUCCACAUCAACACCGUCAACAACAACAACAACAACAGCAACAACAACAAGUAAAGCAACAACCACCUUUACAAGUUUCUACACCUCCACAACAACCACAACCACAACCACAGCAAUCACAACCCCAACGUCAUCAACAACAACAACAACAUCAACAACCACCAAAGCCUGUUAAUAAUAAUAAUAAUGUACAUUCAUCUGAAAGUUUAUAUCCAAAUAUUGGAGAUUUAAAUGUAAAUAGUCAUCACCACCAACAACAACAAAAUGUUAAUAAUAAUCAAAAGGACCAAUUCCCACCUUUACCACAAAAACAAAUUGUACAACCAAAUCAAAACACUAAUAAUAAUAAGCAAAAGCCACAAAACUCUGGUAAUAGUGGUCAUAGUAAUAAUAUUAAUAAUAAUCCAGCCUGGGGUAAUCAUAAUAAUAAUAUUAUUAAUAACAACAAUGGUAAUAGUAAUGGUAAUGGUAAUGUAAAGAAAAAGAAAUCAAUGGAUGAAGAUUUUGUUAGUAUAAAUGAGGGGUUAUCUGUUGGAGAUGCAGGUGAUUCAUCUUGGGAAGAAGAAACAAAUGGAAACGGACUUGAACAAUUUGGGUAUUUUGAUAUCGAAGUUAAAGAUCCAAGAAGAAAUGAAGAAGAUGGACAGACCUAUGUCAACUAUGAGGUCACUGGUAAAUUUAAAGAUGAUAAGGGUACUGCUACGGUAAAGGCCAGAAGAAGAUAUAAAGAAUUUGAAUGGUUACAUCAACAACUCACAUUGCCUUCAAAUCUUCAUGUCAAAGUACCAACUUUACCACAAAAAUCAAUGGUUCAAUUUUGGAAUAAAACAGAUCAAACAGCAGUUGUUAAAAGAUGUUUUCAAUUGGAUUCAUUUAUGAAAGAUCUUUCAAAGAGUAUUUCACUUCGUAAUCAUCCUGCCAUGAGAGUGUUUAUGACUGGCAAACCAAUCACUGUUCAACAAACCACCUUUACAGAUUUAAUUGGAAGUGCCAUCUCUAAUAACAACACACUCCCAGGAUUGAAUGAUAGUCCUCUUAUCGAUCAAAACUUUAUUUACAAUUCAGUAGUUGAAAGAGACUAUUGGUUAAUUCGUAGAUUAAUGAAAAAAUGGGAAUUAUUACCAAAGAAAUUACCUUUUCAAAAGUUUUUGGUUGUUGUUUUAGGUACAACAUCAGCAGGUAAAAGUUCAUUUAUUAAUAAUUUCUUUAAUAUCCAAGUAAAGAGAUCUGCAAUUGGUCAAUUGGAUACUCAUUUUACACUUGUUGAAACUAUACCAAAAGAUCAAUUUGCUCAAAUUAGUGAUAAAUUAUUAAAUUCUAGAAAUGAAAAACCAAGAAGAUUCACACAAGAACAAUUAAAUGAAAAAAUUACAACUGAACCAAUGAGCGAUCCAAGAUAUGGACAUGUUUUCUUGUAUAUGGAUACUACUUAUACACUUUCGAGAUAUGAUGCCCAAUUUAGUGGAUAUUCUGAUAUUAUUUCAAAAUAUGGUUUGGUUAGAUCUAUUCUUAUUAAUGAUGAAUAUUUAACUGGUACUGAUGAAGAAAAGGAAUAUCAAAGAAGAACUAUAUUUUUAGAUUCACCAGGUUUUGAAUCAAAAAAGGAAACCAAUCCAGAAAGUUUAUUAGGAAAUAUUAAAAUCAUUCAAUUCUUUUAUUCAACAAGUGAUCUAACAUUAUUUAUGAUGCCUGCAAAAAAUAUAUCUUUAGUUUCUCCUCAAAUUCAAAUAUUAGAAAUAAGUGUAAUGUAUAAACUUUAUGGACCAGAAAUAGUUGAUCAAAUGGUUACAAAGAUAGUUAAACAACGAUCUGAAUCCAAGUCGUUUUUGUCGUUCCCAGAGAUUGCCAAGUUUAUAGUGAACCAAUUCUCACGUGAGAAUCGUAGACCCAAUCAAGAGUAUGUAGGUACACUGGUGUGGGACAAGAUUAGAUUCCUUUUGACACAAAUCGACGACAUUCAAACCACCGAAGAGUCGAAUCUACGCGAACAAUACUUUGAGUUGGGUAGAUUGCUCGGCAAGAGUCUGACCUUCCUCGACCCUCCCACCUUUACUCAGUGUAUGGCCAUUGCUUUACCGCUCGACCGUCCAUUCAAGACGCCCGAGGAAAAGAGACAGCGUUGUGGUGACCUCGACACUCUUCUCAACUAUAUUCGCAGUCUCAACAGUGACAGUAGUUAUCACCAACGUCUCGAAGCCGCCAUCCAGGAAAUGGCUCUUGCUCUUCAACCACACAUCUCCAACUCGUGGAAGAACUACUUGGAUCUCAACCAAUGGAUCAGUUCCGAUUUCUCUUGUGUCGAUCAAAUCAAAGAACGUUCAAGUGCAAGAUUAAGAAGUUCAAAAACUUCCUAA